AUGAGUGACAAGAUUACAGUUCAUAUCAAGUCUGGACAGAACAAUUGGAGCGUUGAAGUGGAGCAGAGUGCUACUAUUCGUGGGUUCAAGGAGAAGAUUAGCGAGGUGAGCGAUGUUCCAGCGGAUAACCAGCGGUUGAUUUACUCUGGGAAGAUUUUGAAGGAUGGGGAGACGGUUGAGUCGUACAAGAUCCAGGACGGGCAUUCUGUGCAUAUGGUGAAGUCUGGUGGCGCGAGGGCAGCAUCUGGGACGUCUGGAGCAUCAGCAGCUGCAGAGCCAGCAUCAGGAGCAUCAGGAGCAGCCAAUUCCAACGGUGGCGCCGCAGUUCCAAGCAACAUAUCUGCAGGUCAGACAGGCGGUUUUAAUCCGUUGGCAGAUUUGACUGGAGCACGUUACGCAGGGCUCACGAACUUGCCCUCUGCGGAUAUGUUUGGGCCUGACGGUGGAUUGAACAGCGGGGAAGGUGCAAAUGCGGAAUCGAUGCUUCACAUGCUGGAGAAUCCUAUUUUCCAGUCGCAAAUGAACGAAAUGUUGAGCAAUCCGCAGAUGGUGGACUUUUUGAUCCAGCAAAACCCUCAAUUGCAAGCAUUGGGUCCUCGGGCCAGGGAGGUUUUGCAGAGUCCGUUCUUCAGACAGAUGAUGACCGACCCACAGAUGAUCAGACAGUCGAUGCAGAUGGCUAGUUCUAUGGGUCUUUCCCCUGACGGGGGCGCAGCGUCAUCGUUCCCUGCGCCUGGAUCUGCAGGUACCCAGUCCACUACUGCCACGCGAGAUGAUGCGUCUGGGACCUCUGGAAACACUGGAAACACUGGCGCAUCCUCUGGAAACACCGGUGGUGCGGCCGCUAACCCAUUCGCUAGCCUCUUUGGAAAUGCUGGCGGCGCCGGUGGCGCUGCUGCUGCGGCAAACCCAUUCGCUGGCCUAUUUCCUCAGGGACAACAACCGCAAUUCAACCCAGAGUUGUUCGCAAGCAUGUUCGGUGGCGCGGCUCAACCACCCACACAGCCAGCUGACAACAGACCGCCAGAAGAGCGCUACGAAUCUCAGUUGAGACAGUUAAAUGAUAUGGGUUUCUUCGACUUCGACAGAAACGUUGCCGCGUUGAGACGCUCAGGCGGCUCUGUCCAAGGAGCACUAGAUGCUUUGCUAAAUGGCGAUGUCUAA